AUGCCUCAGAACGAGUACAUCGAGCGCUGGCAGAAGCAGCACGGUAAGCGUCUCGAUCACGAUGAGCGCGUCCGCAAGCGUCAGGCUCGUGAGGGCCACAAGGCCUCCUACGAUGCCCAGAACCUCACUGGUCUGAGAGCCAAGCUGUACCAGCAGAAGCGUCACAAGGAGAAGAUUCAGAUGAAGAAGCGCAUCAAGGCACAGGAGGAGAAGAACGUCAAGUCUGCUGCUCCCGACGAGCCUUCCAAGACUCCUCUGCCCCAGUACCUGCUCGACCGUUCGCAGGCUACCAAUGCCAAGGCUUUGUCCAGUGCUAUCAAGGAUAAGCGUUCGGAGAAGGCUGCUAAGUUCGCUGUUCCCCUGCCUAAGGUUAAGGGUAUCAGUGAGGAGGAGAUGUUCAAGGUUAUCAACACCGGAAAGAAGACCCACAAGAAGUCGUGGAAGCGUAUGAUUACCAAGCCUACCUUUGUCGGUAACGACUUCACUCGUCGGCCCGUCAAGUACGAGCGAUUCAUCCGGCCUAUGGGUCUGCGUUACAAGAAGGCCAAUGUCACUCACCCCGAAUUGGGUGUCACUGUCCAGCUUCCCAUCCUUUCGGUCAAGAAGAACCCCUCCAACCCCUUAUAUACCCAACUUGGUGUCCUGACCAAGGGUACCAUUAUCGAGGUCAACGUCUCCGAGUUGGGUCUCGUCACCACCUCCGGUAAGGUUGUCUGGGGUAAAUGGGCCCAGAUUACCAAUGUUCCCGAGAAUGACGGCUGUGUCAAUGCUGUUCUUCUUGUCUAA